AUGAAGAUGAAACAGGGUUUGUUCGCGAAGUUUAAAGAGAUGUUUGCUACACUUCAGGUAUUUUUAAAGAGUACAAAACAGAAGUUGGUCAAAGAACAGGUAAACAUGACCGAGAAAGACGAGACGAUAAUGCCUCCAACAUUGCCACCAAAACUGAAGGAUCCAGGUAAGUUCACAAUCGCUUGUACCAUUGGUGGAGUAAAGAUCCCACGUGCUUUAUGUGAUUUAGGAUCAAGUAUUAAUGUAAUGCCACUGAAUAAGGUUAAGGAUUUGAACUUGGGAGAGAUCAUGCCGAGUAAUAUGACUCUCACUUUGGUUGAUUUAUCUAUUACUCAUCUGCUUGGUAUCUUACAAGAUGUGAUAGUACAUGUUGAUGGUUUAGUUUUUCCUGCAGAUUUUGUGGUGAUUGAUAUGAAAUAA